AUUGCAAUGUAUUCUCUGUUUAAGACAAUAUGUUCGUAUAUUUCUUGUUAUUUACUGUCUUGUAAGUUACGUUUUCGUUAUAUUAAGGUAUUUCGUAUAUAGAUAUAUGUUAUUAAUGGAAACCUUAAUCCUUAUAUGAUCACCACUCUUUUUUGAAAUAGACAAUGCAUAUUUAUUUAAAUUCACCUGAUUGUUGAAGUUCUGCCAGAGUUUGGGUUUCUGGCAUGAUGUCACUUGCUUCAAGGAUUCCUGGUGGUCCCGAUUGGAUUCCAGUUCCAGAAGGUUCAUCAGUAACAUCUGCAUUUUGAUGCAUAUAAAAAAAAGUAAAGAGAUAACUAAAUCUGAAAUUGUGCAUUGAUCAUAGUAAGAAUACUCUAGGAAAACUGUAGGUCGAGAAUACAACUAAAAAUGUAGGACAUUAAAAUUUCUCCAUCUUUUUGCAGAUAGCAUAAAUAAGAAUACAGAGUGGCAAUGCUGUUGUCUAAUAUAUUUAUCCUCCAUAUCUACACCCAUCUAUCCCUUCCUAUGUUGGAAAGGUAUGGCGACCUCUGGGAUGGUAUUCCAUUUUAGUGUUGUUUUCUUUUGCAAACUUAUAAGGGAAAUAGCAUAACAUGAUAUUGCUAUAGUUACUGUCUUUAGCAACUGUUCCUUAUGGCUACAACACUGGGAAAAUUCCAUGGCAUACCAUGCAACAAUGAGCCUUUACUUGUAAAGCUACAAACUUACCCGAUGGAUUUUUUUCCUGGGAGCCAUUGUUCCCAGCCAUAAGCCACAGCUCUUUCAUCAGGUGGAAAAAGGGUGGUUGUUUUUCUUUGGGGGGUGAUGCCCCAAAAUUAUUCACAGUGUUCAAAAAGGUAUCACGCGUCUUUUUGAACUUCAUGAAUACCUCUUCGACGGUGCGGUUGUAGCCAUGCAUUUUUAAAUGCGCUGCUACCUCUCUAUGCACAGGAAGAAUGGGCAUAGAACGGGACCUCAUGAGCAUCUUUAAUUUUCCGCUCCCCCUAACACUUCUCAGGAGCAGAUCAGUCUCCUUCUUUGCCCAUGUGGAACCCUUCCUACGCGCCAUCACUGCUUCCCAAGAACUUCGGCCACUCUGCAAAGGUCCAGCGGGAAGAUGGAUUUGCUACGUCAUCACUGUGCAGGGAUUCUUGGCGCGAAAAUAUAGACUUGCGCCCCCUAGUGCUUUUACUGCAGUGCAGGGAGUUUGGGAGUGGAGAGAGCCAGCAGCAGCAGCUAAGUGAUACCGCAGACGUUUGAUUCACAACCUCUAUAAUUAGAUUGCAGACAGCAUUAUUUUAUAUUUGCUGUCAUUAGGAAAGCCAUGGAUAGCCAUGCAGUGACCGAAAGUGGUGCCUCCACACAAGCAAGGGGGAGGGUGUGGAGUGCCAAUGAAGUUUUGGCCUUAUUAGAAAUAUGGAAAGAACAAAAAUUGCAGAACAAAUUAAAAAAGAAUUAUAGAAAUUUGGAUAUUUUUAAGGAUGUAGCUGAUGAAAUGGCAAAGAAAAACCAUGUCAGAUCUGCAGAGGAAUGCAGAAGCAAAUCCAAAAAAAUGAGAUUUGAGUAUAGAAAGGUUGUGAAACAUAAUCAGAGAAGUGGAAGCAACCCUAUUACAUGUCCCUUUUACAGGGAACUAGAGGAAAUCUUUCAUGGGGAUGUUAGCAUCACCCCUCAUAGGUUAUCCCGAAGUCUUGAUUUUGAAAGGGAGGGUGAAACCACAAAUGUGACUGAGGAAACCGCAUCCACCUCCAUGGCUAACACAGGCGAUGGAGGCACCCAGGAAACAACUACCAGACAAGACAGUGAUGAAGAUUCUGAUGACACUUGUCUCGAUGACACAAUCAUUAAUAUUCCUUUCACCAUUUUGGAAAGUGGACCUACGCAAAUAGCAGGUGCGACUGGAGAACAAUUGGGACACUUGGAAAGACGUGCAGAUGGUACCAGCGGUGGAACCGAUGUACGUAACGAUCCCGAUGAGGAACAGGAACAACCCAAUGUAUUGCUGUCUCCUGGAACAAGACUGCGAUCAAGAUCGCUUCUCGGCCUUUUGGCUAAGAUCAAGUGUUCUCUCUCCAUUGUGGACGCAGCCAAUGGAGAGCCGCAUCCCAACGUCCUCUACCCGAGGUUCAUGGUUCGGCCUCCGCUCUGCCAAGAAGCCCAAGCAAAGGCACCAUCCCCUAAACCUCUCCAGAGGACCGACAAGCGAAGCCUUCUCGCUCUGUGUACGUCGGUUGCUGGCCACCGCACAAUGACAUGGCCCUGA